UAAGGCUUCUGUGUUGUUGGUUUUGCUAAGGAUGUUUUUAAAAGACAAUAACUUCCUUUUAUUUUGGAAGGUGCUGAUAAAGCCACUUAAUGAGUUGUCUGUGUUUUUUUUUUUUUUUUUCCCUUUUGGCUUGGGCAUUUUCUUUCUUUUCUUUUGUGGAAUGGACUGGACUUGGAGACUUGGCUUGUUGCAAGGAGAAUCUAAAGACUAGAGUGCAUGAGGAACUUGGCAGUGGACUGCCAAGAAAUUCAUGGUUAUGCACUUUUGCCCCCAGUGCCCAUAAAUCUAGCCAUUGGGAAUGCUGGGUGUGAAUGAAGGUUACAGUCCUGAGUUUUUCUCUGUAAUUGGGGUACAGUUCAUUGUAUGGGCUUGUGGUGUACAUUUAGCGUCUAUUCCAGGCCAAUUCUUUUCUCCUAGAGACAGAUUUGUUAGGAUUUUCCUUCCUGGCUUUCUCCAGCUUUCAACUCCAUUGAAAAACCAAAAAAGGGAUGAUAAUUAAAAAAAAAAAAAAAAAAAGACUUUCCAGUAAUGAUUCAACACUGAAUGCUGAGAAUCAGAUUUGUAACAAAUACAAAUAUAUUUGUAAAAUAUAUUUACAAAAUAUUUUGUAAUAUUUACAAAAUAGUAAACUAUUCCAACCUAGUUUACUGAUAGAAUCUAGGUAAAAAACACUUUGGGAUAAUUUAAUUUACUCUUGCCAGAAAAACCAUUAGCACACUUAACCCUAAAUUUAACCUGCCUGAUGGUCAACUUCCAGUUCAGAACAAGGAAGUAAUGCGAUUAAACUGGAACCCAGAAGAAAUAUUGUUUGAACCUGAAGAUCUUUGCUUUGGAAGAAGGAGCAUCUCUUGUGGCCCAUGGGUUUUAUGGGGGGCUCUGUCUGGUUAGGCUCAAAAGCAGUUAUCAGAUUUAUACUCCUGAGCUUGUGGUAUAGACAAUGUGAAUUCAGCAGGCAGUGAUUAUGGGGGUUUCUGGAGAACAGACUCUAAAGGAAAAGAAAGUAAUCCACUUCGUGGGUAGAAUGACCUGUAUGUGUUAGGGAUAAAUCUGUUCAGAGCCCUGGAGGGUUGCUUUCUUGAUUAACUUAUUACCUUCUGGUAUUCUAGCAGAGCUGAAAUCUUGCAAGGAAUGUGUGCAAACAGGAAUUUUUGUCCUUUUGAAUUAGAUCCUAAGAGGUAGUAAACAUAUAGCAAAAGACCUACUGAAAUAGUGAGAUAGUAUCAACUCUUUAGCUUAAAAUAAAUUAUUUUCUGUAGAAUUAAAAAAAAUUAGCUUCCCUAUGGUAUCAAGUUCUAGAUAAGGGCUUAUUGAUGUAUGGAAUCUAUAAGACUCAAUUCAGAAUUGUUUCAGGACUCGCAAAGCUCUGAACUUAAUUCUUAUCCUUAAAAUCAAAACCAAACCUCCCCUCUUCCCUCCUUCUAGUCUUCAGUUGCUUAGUUUUUCUUCCAUAAUCCAGCGGCUUUUGUUUCUUAAUCAUUGCCAAAGAAGCCAAGAGUUUCCCCGUUAAUUCUAAAAAAGCCCUCAACGACCUAGGGUAUGCAGACAUUUUUCUUGAAAGAGAAUCCAGAGGAAGGUUUGGAAACGCCGCUCAAUAAGGGAUGUGUUUACCAAACUCCCAGUGUGCUCUAUGCACCCUGUUUUGUUUUGUAUUUUUAAAAAAACUCGUCACUGUUGUCACAUUUUCAUAAUGGUGAGUGAAAGCAGAUGACAAACAUCUCCCCACAGAAGGAAGACCUGCUUUGUGAAGCAAUUUGUUUCCAAAGAAUUGACACUCAGGGCUUGAAUUCUGUAGUGAGGAAAAGGCCAGUAACGUGGUAGCCCUCUUUCCUUGGGAGAGGAUGGGCCCCUCCCCACCCUCUCCCCCCACCAAAACAAAACAAAACAAAACAAAACAAAACAAAACAAAACAAAACAAAAACAAAGCUCUCUUUUGCCUAGGUCGCUUUUCAGUUGGUUUACAUUUGGCAGUUUAUCUCCUCAGAAAAUAAAUGUUAAUGAACUUGUCAUUCCUCUGCAGACCUGCUACUUCUGACCUGAUUUUGUCGUUUUAGGAGAGUUGAGGAAGAAGUACCCAGAGAGUUGUUUUUGUAGCUUGGGGUGGGUGUCCCCUGCCGUGCACGACUGUUAUUUAACAGUAAUGAGUUGAGAUUUGUUUGGGGCUUCCUUCUUCCACCCUUCCUGGGGUUUUUGGCCCGGCUGGUCGUCCGCAGGCCCCUGGUUUACACGGUCGAGAAAGGAGCCCCCCCGGGACUUACGUGUGGCCAGGAACCGACGCGCCGACGUGGAGAAAGUGUGCACCCAAACCGCACACCUCAUGCAAAGCAGAUACGGUUUUGAUUUCGGCCUCCGUGGUUCUGUUAUCAUUUCUUUUUCCGUGUGAGUGGAUUUUUAUCUUUGGGUCUGACUUCUGCUUUGGUUCAUGGUUUGUGGUUUGCAUUUGCCAUCACAGCUCAUGAGUUUGGCUGCUUGGGAGGCCGAGUGGCCCGACAAGGAGAGGGAGCCCUGGGCUGCCAUUCCCCAGGAGCAUGGAGGCUGUAGAUCUCUUGUGGUCGGAUCCCGAGUUGCCGCAGAGCCAUUGUCAUUGUUCUUGUCCUGGAUGCUCAGCUGUCACACGCUCCCCCCACCUGGGGUUUCUUCUCUCUCUUUCUGUGUUACUUACAUAAUGCCUCCAAGGACUAUUUUGGAAACAUCUAGACCAACUUGUGAUUGAUCUUCCUGUUCUGUGUAUUUCCCCUGAUUCCCCUGCUCUCCUCUUAUCUCCUUUGGCAGGAAAGAAUUUUUUGCUCAUUAACAACUUUCCAGGUCAGAAUUUCCCCAUAAAGUAUGAACUUUUCUUUAUUCCGGUAUUUUAUUUCCAUCACCUUUUUAAUUAAAUUUUUUUUUUUUACAUAAAGCUAAAAAGUUGAAAUUAGGCAAAUUGCUUAAUUGCCCCAUGCCUCCGUUUCCUUAUCUGUGAAAAAUGGGCUUUAAUAAUAGGACUUGCCUGCUGGGCGGGUUAUUGUGAGGUUACCGAGAGGGGGUCAGCCUAGCACCUGGUGUGGGAGGAGGGUGUCUUGGUUAUUCCUGUGACCAACAGGAUGUCCCAGGAACCCCGGCAGUCCCACGUAGAUGGGGACAGUUGGUCACCCCAAGAACACCGUGCCUCCACUCUUGCCCAGUUGACAAGUGGCCUCUCUUGUCUUGGUUUUCUUUCCCACCCCCCUCCCCCCUCCCCCCCAAAUAAUCGGUUUCUCCUGUGAGGGAAUGGGCCGAGAAUGAGGAGGCCAGGGUACCUUUUGAAGAGUGUUGGGGGAAAGAGUUUGUUGUGACAUAAUUUAUCUCCCUGGGGAGGACAGACAAAAACCUAUAGGGGAGACUGGACUUGGCUUCUGAUGGGCAUGAAAUUAGUGACAGCAAGACAGGAAUUUGUGGCCUUUUAGCUAUAGUGUCUGCUCUCUCCCUUGGUCCCAUUUCUGUGGCUCAGAACUUCAUUAAAAAAAAAAAAAUAGAUUUAAAAGGCGUCCUCUUUGGUGUUUGAAAGGCAGAGGGCUGGCUCCUGGCUUGCAGACCUAAUAACACUUACUUCUUUCUUUACGAGGGAGUUUCCUCGGGCUGCUGUGGCCAGGCUAUUGUUUGUCUGCGCUGGUAAUAAGCGUGCAACAGCCCCUCCUCCUGCAAUUUGCCUCAAAGACAAGCGGCUAGUGGGUUCCUAGGGCUGAGAGAACUUGGGAACCUGUGAUUGGAAGCUCGCUGCCAGAAGAAGGGGCCAUGCCUGUGUCUGUCCACCACUCGGUUGGCUCGCUGCGCCUUACCUGGGGAUGGGGGGGGGCGGGGCUCUCCAGGGCAAGACAUCAGUGAGUGGACGGCAGCUCAGGCCAGGUCGCGCUGAAAGUUGGAGAAAAGCGAUGUAGGAAGGAGCUGGAGCUCAGGCGUGUGUCCUCAGUGGUGGUGAAGUAAAUGACACCGAUUUUCCCACUUGACUUGAUGGCAGCUGUAGUAUCUCUAACACCUCUUGGUUCCCGGAGGUCCAGCCCGGACCCCUGUCAUUUGCAGGCGGCUGAGUGAAAGCACAGUGCGUGGCGCUGGUCCCUGCUUCUUGCCAGCUUUCUUGAGCUUCUCCGAGGGCAGCGUGCACAGAGAUGGAGGAUGAUGCAUGGGGAGUCAGAGAACACUCUUCAUCAGUGGACUUUUCUGCCCUCACUCCCCUUUGGCUUUGGAAGGGGUAAAGCAGUGGUCUGGCCUGAUGACAUCCCGCCACGCCUCCCCUCCUCUUAAAAAAAAAAAAAAAAAAAAAAAGCACUUGUAUUUUAGCCUUCUUUGUUAAUCAGAAAGCUUUGGUAUUUUUGUUGGCAGGGGCCAGACCUUUGUAGCCCUUCAGUGGCCUUAGACUGUGGCAGGCGUUUACAUUUUCUCUCCCCGCUGGGGUGGUUUGUCUGGGGAUCCUGGUGGAUGGAAGGGCUUUUGGCAGGAGUGGUGCCGCACCUUUGAAAUCGGUUAGUUCCUCCAAAUGAUGAUUUAUUCCACACCUGUUAGAAAUAUCUUAAUUUAUUUUAUCUAACAGUUUCCUCCCCCUUUUAGUCCUCCCUCCCCCCACCAACCAGACCCCUCCCGACCCCCUCAACCCCUCCAUAGCUUCAGCGAGAGGAGACCUUUUUCUCUGGGGAGGACUUUGUCUAGGAUAUGGCUGCGCGGAAGAAUUAAUUAAGGUUGAGGACGAAGCUUAAUAAUGACAGUUAGGGGCCCAGGAACUCAGAACUGCUAGGUCUGCAACUAAAUUAUCCGCUUGUAGAUAACCUACUCUCUGGGUCUCAGUUUGCCCACCUGUGAAAUGCCUCCACAGGCUGUACGCAGCGGCAAGACCCAUUAGCAGCCACAAGAGUGCGGUUUUAUUUGGAGUUCAUCGUUUUUGCCAGGACACGGAGGCCUUCUGGGGUGAUGGAUCGGAGCCCUGGCAGUGAUGUUAGACCUACCCUGGCUCUCAAGACAUACCCAUUUAUUGCAUGUGGGACCUUGGCCACUUACUUAACCUCCCUGAGUCUCAGUUUUAUCUGUAAAAUGGGUGUCUUGGAGGAUUAAUUGGGAUGACCUACAGAAGAGCCCCAGCACAGUGACGAGUGGGGAGUACAGAACAGCAGUGGUUCCUUGUAGAGAGAAGGGAAUGACAUCUAUAAUCCCAGCAAGCUGAAACUGCUGUUGCGUACUUGGUCCAUUUUGCUAUUAGUGAAGGCCAAGUGGUCAGAUGUUGUGGUUGAUUUUGGUUUUAACGUCUCUGGUUAAAUUUCUUCUUCUGAGAAGAAAUUAAAGAUGAAUGUAUUCUACUUGUCUGAUAGAUAUCAAAACAAGACUGAAAUGAGCUUCAGCACCCUUCCGUGGAAGGGAGCGGAUUCCUUGUUAUUCGGGUUUUAACUCCUAUUUUGAGCUGUCCCCUCCCCCCAACACAUAUAUAAACACAUACAUUGAUUUCUUUCUUUUUUUUUUCUGGUAUUACUACAAGGAUCAGUUUCUUCUGGCCUCCUUCCAGAAACAACAUGCCUGUCUUUUUUCAUCGUUGAGGAAAAACAGUCUGAAGGCACCAUAAUUCCUUAAAUUGGAUUUCAAUUCUUGAUCCCCUUAUGUUCGGUAAACAGAGUGAUCUAUGAAACAUUGUUUAGCAGCAAGAAGCUGGCAGCCUUGUAUUUUUUCCCCCCAGAAGGGAAAGCGAGUGUCCGAGCCUCCGGGGGUGCGGCAGUGGGGUUCCCUGGAGGUGAAUACCCACCUUCAUUUGGGAUGAAGACAGGAAUCCCUUUCCAAACAAUGCUAGUGGAAGUUGGGAGGGCUGCCUGUGAGUGAGCAGAGCUCAGCUUGGAAAGGGGCCUGUAGUGUGUGUGCGUGCGCGUGUGCACGUGUGUGUGCACACACGCAUGGGUGUGCAGUGCUUAUUAACUCUAUUAGUGCCACGGGCAGCUACCACUUGAAAGCCUUGGGUUUCCUAUAUUCAAAUCAAAGGCACCCAGAAGCAGAGAUAAAGGGGACGGUGUGAUCUUCAAAGAUGAGGGAAUAAAAAAAAAACUAGUGGGGAAUAUUUUCUGGGUGAUUCUGCUCCCCACCUUUUUAAAAGAAAUAUGAAGAGUGCCAGUGCUUCCUCUCACUUGGUGGUUAGGCUCUGGUCAAGCCAUGUAGCUUUGUAGCACAAGACUGAUGACUUGCAGAAAGCAAAAUGACAACGUCUUGGGCUGCUUCUGAGCUUGCUGGGAGAGUGAGUCUGUCAGUUUCUCGGGUUCUCUCUCCCUCUCUCGCCUUUCUUCCUUUCUUUGAGCUAGUUUCGCUCUGAGAGUGCAGACUUGGCACCCACUUACCCAAGAACUGAUUAGUUCCUAAAAGAAGCGGUAAGUUGAUUGCUUACAGAGAUGAUGUAAGCUUUGCUCUGGGGUACAUCAACUUGGAUUUCUCAUGCUUUAUCUUAUAAAGCCUAAAUUAACAGCUGGUUUGGUUUGAGUUCUCCGGGAUCUGACUAAGGGAUUAGAGUCCAUUCUCAAGUGAGUCAAUCUAGUUUAAUUUAUUUCAGGUCUAUCAAAAAAGAUCAAUCAAAGCUCUUUUGAAAGUAAAGCUAUAAUCGGCCUCCACACUUAGAAGUCACUGUUGUUGCACUUGCUGUUUCUCUCUGGUGGAGAAAUGCUCGGGCUGUGGUUAAGAGGAUGCAUUAGAGCAUUUUCUUCGUACCUCCCUUUCUUGAGGCCUCCACUCCUCCCUGGGAAGAUGCUGAGAAGCUGUCAUGGUUGAGAACUCCGCCCAGGUGGGUGCCGCAUGGACCUGCUGCUCCCUUUUCUCUGGUGAUGCUGGACCCUGGUUUGGAAAUUGCUAGUGCAGCCUAAUGUAAUACCUGGACCUUGACAUUUCAGGUCCAGCCCAUUCCACAUCAUUGGUUUUGCUCCUGGGCUUUUUUCUUGCAGAGAUGGGUGGGCGAAAACCUGCACUGAAUUCUUUUUUUUAUAAAAUGUCUACAAGCAAGGAGUUAUUCACAGUUGUCAGCUAUGCUCGAUUUAGAGUUUUGUGAGCACUGGAGGCUACAACCUGAGUUGUCCAUUUCUUUUGGGUUUCUAUUUUAAAAAUACUUAAUUGAGCAUCUACUUGUAGCUAAGAACUCUGCUGAAUGUACACGCUCUAUUGAGAAAUAUCAAGAAUAAGGAAGUGGUUUAGAGCUUGAAUCUAGAGUCAGACAGACCCACCUUUGGAUCCUGGCUUUGCUGCUUAGUGACUCUGUAUGAGCUUGAGCAAGUGCUUCCCUAGUCCUUUGUUUGCUUGUCUGUAAAAUAGGCAGAAGAAAAACAUCUCUGAAGGACUGUUAUAAUAAUGACAUGAAAUGUUACUAUAUCUUUUUUUUUAAUGAAAAACCACUUUAGGGGAGAUACCAGGGAGCCGAAGCUAUUUUCCCCUUAAAUGUGUCACACGGAAUCAAAUAUUUAUUUGGGGUCUGUGAGGUGUCCGUGGCUCUGGGGAUGGUUAGGUACAACGACAUAGUCUCUGCCGUGUAGGAACGUGCAGUCUGUCGCCAAGAGAAAAUUCUUCACAGACAAGGGUGUCCAGAGCUGUGAAUCCCUCUGUCUUAUGUGCCACUCAGCUUGGUCAAAGGGAUGCUUUUUUUGGUCUUUCUUCCAUUUGACUGAAUGAAAACAUGGUGGGGCAUUCUUCAUCUGCCUUCCAUUGAUGGUUCCUGUCGGCUGCUCACCCUCUGCUUUGAACCUUGGCAUUAGCGCUGGUGCAGAUGUGAGUCUACCCUCAGUUCUUCCAGCUACGAAAUGGGGCUGGCGUUAUUUCAUGGCGCGUGUGUGUGAAGGAUUGGGAAUACCUCAUUUUUAAGGUAUUCUUGUGGAUUUAUUAUGUGUGGGGACUUAACGCUUUGUUUAUUUAGCCUCACUGCUCCAGAAAGAACUUUGAUAUUAGUAGCAAAAGUAAAAAACAGAUUAGAGUUUGCUUGUUGGGCUCUUGCUACGUGCCAGUUUCUAGAACAUUCUAUAGAUUUGUAAACCUGUUACUGCAACUUUCUACAUCAUCCCCAUUAUACAACUAAAGGAAACUAAAGAAUGUUAGGGAACUUGCCCAAGGGUACAUGGCUGGGGCGGCCCCGGGGUUUGAAUCUGGGUGUUGCGUGAUGCUGGGGCCCUGCCCUGCUCUACCCUUAACUGUAUUGACAUGAAACAAGGAGCUUGCUGUUGGGAAUCUAGUUGGGUUUCUCUGUGAAAAUUCUAACAUGGCCUUGGAAGGCAAAUCAGAAUCCUUUUGCAGGCGAGUGAUUGGAUGUGGGUACCUGUGUUUCCCUCUAAAAGGAGAGCCUCUUUUUCCUUCCACGGUCCAGGUCCGGCGUAUAUCUGGAUCUGGGCCGCUCUGGAAUUUCUGCCUGGCGCGAGUGGCUGAGUCCUUGCUCGUGAACCCGCAGGACGCCAGGGAAGAGUCAGCAACCUCACGUGUGCCUCUCCUUUGCAAACUCUCCUUCCUGUCUCUGCCUCUGGGGUUAACCAUUAAAAAAAAAAAAAAUAGCCACAGCACUUUUAGAAAGUCACAUGCUGGGUUUCUGUAUGUCCUCGAAACUGUCUUAAUUCAUUUUCCCCUUUACUCUUACUGGAGUAGAAAGAGAGAAAAAAUUGAUAGUCAAUGCUAAUAAUCGUGGCAUGUAAUGUAAUUGGAAGUGUUUCAUUGCCAAGCUCACGAGAGUUUCCGGCUUCAUCUUCGGGCUUGGAUGUAGCACUAGACUUGCCUUGAGUGUCUUGUGCAAGCCUUUGAUGCAGGUAGACCAUAUUAUAAAUAGGCGCGUUGCUAUGGUGAGGAUGGCAGUCCUUGCUUGCUGUGGGUAACCUUUUCUACCUUCUCGGACACUGUUUUAAAACACAGCAGCGUGAUAGCAUUUCAUUUAAUUUGAACCAAGGUGGGGUGGAUGAAUUGGGAGAUGGAGGUCUCCAGUUUUUUUUUUUGGAGGUGAUGUUUUGGGGUUUUCUGCUCACCUGGUACUGUGGGAUAUUUUGCAGAUUGGGUCUGUCAUUAUUUAUUUAGGAAUAUGUUUUCUAAUGGAUGGGGUGGGGGAUGGUGGUGGGCAGAAGGCUGCUUCUCUUCCCCCUCCUUCCUUCCCUGAGCAUUUCUGCGAAUGUGUUGGCUUUGAUGCCCAGCAGCUCAUACAGUGAAAUGAAGGUUGAGGUUGGCAUGAAAUGAAAUGGUAGAAAUGAUUAUUCCUGGUAGCGUGUUCUAUUACUGUUAAUAAUAUAAAGACAAUUGCCUGCCUCUCAAGACUCCCGCACAUGGCUAACGGAUAGUUAUUUCUCCCCGGAAUCAGACACAUAGCGAUGGGGGGACUGGAGUGUUUUAUUAGUGGUUGUCCUGCACAUCCCCAGGGUAACUCGGUUGAGACAUGGAUUUAUUUAUUUUUUUCCUCUUGCUUGAAGGGUAACUUUUAAUUACAUCCAUCAAAUGUCAGUGUAGUUCGGGCUUGCAAAAUUCAUUUCCUCCCACCUUUUCCACGCCGUACAUCCCCAUCCGUUAAAUUUUUGGACAGAUGCGGCAUCUUAGGAUCCGAAGGGAUGUUAAAAAUGAACUCCUCAGCUUACUAUACUUCUUUACAUCUCCCAAGUCUCUUUCUCACCUUAAAAAUGGGACUAAUAUUCUGUACUCAUCUCAGUGGAUAGUUUCGAGCACCGAAAGGAACCUAGUUUGAUGGAAGCCCUCUGGGGAGAACAGAGUUACCAGGCAGGCUUUAAAUUUGAGACAGUUCGCCAUCUUUUGGUCCAAUGUCUGAAUCCUGUGUUUUUAUAGCUCAGAGCUGCCUUUCCCUUCUUAGAACUCUCCCAUCAAGGUGGCCUCAGGAACCCUCAGGUUCUGGAUUCCUUCUUACCGGGUUGAGAUUGUACGUCCAGUUGGGGAACCCAGAGCUGUUGCCAUGUGGCUAAUCUCAGCAUCCAAAAGAGAACUCAGUUUCCCUCUGUGGGAAUUGGGGUGCUACAGGGAUCUUGGGAAGGGUGUGUGCCCAUCCCUGCGUACAGUGUGAGGCUGUAACUGAGGCUCGUACGUGGUUCAGAAAGCGGGGCACUCCUCCCGCAGGGUAAGAGGAACCACAGGGUGAGUCUCUCCCGUGGCCGUGGGCGCUCAGGCUAGCCCCCAGUAUGCGGACUGCGAGCUGUCUUUGGGGUGGUCCUCGUCGCCCAGCCCGGGCUGCAUUGCAUCUGAAGCAGAGAUGGGGUGGGUCGCCUCGGUGCCGAAGGCCUCUUGUCAGGCUAGUCAGCCGUAGCCGACUUCCCCUUUCUCUGCCUGUUGGAGGGAGCAGGGCUUGCUGUGAUCAGCGGGCCUCCAGCAACCUGCCUCCUGGCCCCACGCUUGGGAGCCGUGGCUUCUGCGUCUGGUUCCCGAGGACACCUCACGGUGAAGGUGGAGUGAGCCACACGGCGGAGGGGGUUGGCAGGGCCACCGAGCCUGGCACUGUGCCGAAAGCAGGGCUGCGUGUAGACCUCAGGACGGGCUGGCCUGUGUAUUUAUUUAGAAGUAUUUCUAGAGGGUAACCUCACUGGCUAAAAAGCGUGUCUGAACAAGAGCCCCGUUGUUUGUUCGAGCCCCGUUGCCCUGGCAGGAUGCAGACUCAGGCGGCCUGUUGGUCGGGCCUUGGGCUCGGCGGGGCCCAGUGGGCGGGGCCCAGCUCCCUCCUGGCUGCCCGGUGCCAAGUCCAGGAAAAGGCUGCCCAUCCGUCCCUGCGGGCGGUGUGAUUGGGCAACCCGGGGAGCAGAGGACGCACGUCGGUGGCAUGGAUUCCGUUCCACGCCCGCCCUCGCCUCCCCUCCCCAGCCUUGGGAGGGAAACAUGCCCUCCGGGAGACACCCAGACCCGACAAAGAGAACUCUGUUGGAGCUGGAGUAUCUCCAGAUGAAAUGGCCACUGCUUGAUGUCCAGGCGGGGACCCUCCAGAGCAGACAAGCCCUCAAGGAUGCCCGCUCUCCGUCGCCAGCACACAUUGUCCAGUGCCCCCUCCCUUGCUGCACUCAGGGACAUGACUGUCAGCACUUCUACCCCCCCUCAGACUUCACUGUCAGCACUCAAGUCUUCAGGGACAUGAAAAGGAGCCACUCCUUACACAAGGUUGGGGAGCCCUGGUGUUUGGAGUCGAACAAAGUGCCGGUCGUGCAGCACCCUCACCAUGUUCACCCCCUCACGCCGCUCAUCACAUACAGCAAUGAGCACUUCACCCCGGGAAACCCACCUCCACACUUACCUGCUGACGUUGACCCCAAAACAGGAAUCCCACGGCCUCCACACCCUCCAGAUAUAUCUCCGUACUACCCGCUAUCGCCUGGCACCGUAGGACAAAUCCCCCAUCCGCUAGGAUGGUUAGUACCACAGCAAGGUCAGCCAGUGUACCCAAUCACGACAGGAGGAUUCCGUCACCCCUACCCCACAGCUCUGACUGUCAACGCUUCCAUGUCCAGCUUCCUGUCUUCCAGGUUCCCUCCCCAUAUGGUCCCACCACAUCACACUCUACAUACGACCGGCAUCCCCCACCCGGCCAUAGUCACGCCAACAGUCAAACAGGAAUCCUCCCAGAGUGACGUCGGCUCACUCCACAGCUCAAAGCAUCAGGACUCCAAAAAGGAAGAAGAAAAGAAGAAGCCCCACAUAAAGAAACCUCUUAACGCGUUCAUGUUGUAUAUGAAGGAAAUGAGGGCAAAGGUCGUGGCGGAGUGCACGUUGAAAGAAAGCGCGGCCAUCAACCAGAUCCUGGGGCGAAGGUGGCACGCACUGUCCAGAGAAGAGCAAGCAAAGUACUACGAGCUGGCCCGGAAGGAGCGACAGCUUCACAUGCAGCUGUACCCCGGCUGGUCUGCGCGGGACAACUAUGGGAAGAAGAAGAAGAGGAAAAGGGACAAGCAGCCUGGAGAGACCAAUGAACACAGCGAAUGUUUCCUAAAUCCUUGCCUUUCACUUCCUCCGAUUACAGACCUGAGCGCUCCUAAGAAAUGCCGAGCGCGCUUUGGCCUUGAUCAACAGAAUAACUGGUGCGGCCCUUGCAGGAGAAAAAAAAAGUGCGUUCGCUACAUACAAGGUGAAGGCAGCUGCCUCAGUCCACCCUCUUCAGAUGGAAGCUUACUAGACUCGCCUCCUCCCUCCCCCAACCUGCUAGGCUCCCCUCCCCAAGACGCCAAGUCACAGACUGAGCAGACCCAGCCUCUCUCGCUGUCCCUGAAGCCCGAUCCCCUGGCCCACCUGUCCAUGAUGCCUCCGCCGCCUGCCCUCCUGCUUGCCGAGGCCGCCCACGGCAAGGCCCCCGCCCUCUGUCCCAACGGGGCCCUGGACCUGCCUCCCGCCGCCCUGCAGCCGCCCAUCCUGUCCUCCUCUCUUGCACAGCCGUCAACAUCUUCCUUACAUUCCCACAACUCUCUGGCCGGGACCCAGCCCCAGCCGCUGUCCCUCGUGACCAAGUCGUUAGAAUAGCUUUAGCUUCGUUAGCCCCGCCCUGGUCGGUUUGCGUAGUGUUGCGGUUUUUGCUUUUCUUUGUCCCCCCACCCCCACCCCCCAGCCUCCUGCACCCCCCUCCCCACCCCCUCACCCCUCGGAAAGGUUUUGUUUUGUACUCUUAAUUUUGUGCCACGUGGCUACAUUAGUUGAUGUUUAUGGAGUUCAUUGGUCAAUAUUUGACCCAUUCUUAUUUCAAUUUCUCCUUUUAAAUAUGUAGAUGAGAGAAGAACCUCAUGAUUCUACCAAAAUUUUUAUCAACAGCUGUUUAAAGUCUUUGUAGCGUUUAAAAAAUAUAUAUAUAUACAUAACUGUUAUGUAGUUCGGAUAGCUUAGUUUUAAAAGACUGAUUAAAAAACAAAAAGGAAAAAAAAAAGAAGCAAUUUUGAAGCAGCCCUCCAGAAGGAGUUGGUUCUGUAUUAUUUGUAUUAAAUACGAGCUUGCGAACCAAUCAUUUUACAUCUGGUUUUUAAACCAUAAGGGCACGACGAAUGCAGUGCCAUAUUCCUUUUUUUUUUCUCUGUGUGAAACAACUUUAAUUGUGAUGUUACUUGUUAUUGUUUAAAUGUACAGAAACAAAGGGUUAAAUGUGUUAAUAUACCUUGUUCCAUGGUGUUGUUCUUUUGGGGGGAGGGGGAUGCUACUCAGCAAUUAAUGGAAUCACAACGCUGUUGGACCAGUAGUAUUUAUUGCUUUAGAGAUUGCUUGUCGAACCUGUACGUUGUCCCUUUUAAGAUAUGUUUUACUUUUUCUUGAAACUGUAUAAAGUUUUUUUUUCCCUUAGCAUAAGCAUCUUAUAUAUAACAACUCAUUUGUACAAGGUUUUUAAGUUUAUAUAUAAAAUGUGUAUAUAUAUUUUUUUGUUUCUCUUUUUGACUUUUUUUUUUUUUUUUUUUGGCUGUAUGAAACCCAGAUGCCGCCAAAUGGACAUUACUAGUUGCAUUAAAGGAUCAGUAGCAUUAACGAAAGUUGCUUUAAAAGCCAUUAUGUAAAACAAGACUUGAAAAUUAGCGAGGGAAUUUUAGCGAGAUGCUGUGUGAGCAGCCGUGGGAACCAACCCUGUUUCUCCUUUGAACCAUAGUCGGCAGCUCUGUACCCUUAGGACACGGCCUGACUGUGUGCAGAACUUUAUGUGCCAAAAUUCUCAGUGACUUUAGCUUUCUCCCUCUUUUUGAUGCUGUAAUUUUUGUUCAUCAUGUUUUGCUGUGAUGUUACAUAGGUAGAUUUGUAUGUAGUUUUAAUGUCACUUAUAACAAGAUGUGUUUGGUAGCAGAUUGUCCAGAAAGCAUUUUAAAUGAAGAGGUAUAAACCCUUAGGGGCCAAAAUUCUGUAUAUUAGAUUACUCUUAAAGGAAAAACCAGCUGCCGCUUUUAUGUACACGUAUGACAUACAAGUAGGUGGCAAACUUUACAAAUAAAAAAAAAAAAACCUAGGCAUGUUGAUGUUGCAAAAUGCUGUAUAAAGCUGAAACCCGUUCAUUCAGUGCCAUUGUAGUUGACAUGAAGCGAUUGUAAAACUGUCUCCAAUUUUUCUCUGGUUUAUUAAAAUGCUAACUAUAACAUUUUUUGUGAAUACUUUGAAUGUUUCCUAACAGUUGUGAUGUUACUGUUCCGUUUUAUGCUCUUACUCCAAUUUCAUUUUUAAUGGUUUGGAAGCCAUUUUUGUAAUGAAUAAAUGUUCAUGCUGUACAGUAUCUGUAGCAUGCCGUUCUGGAUUAAUAAAAGCAACUUAGUAUGUGCAGAUCAA